AUGUCGAGGAGACGCCAUUUUCAAAGAAAGGUAUUGCCGACAAGCAUGGCGGAAGUCAGACGUGAUGUCAGGGCAUCGAGAUCCAAGAUUAUAUUGAGGUCGACAUGUACCCUUGUCAGGUCCUCCUCCAAAUCUAGUAUUUAUAGUAACUGGGGAAGUGAUGUUAAGGAACCACUGGUAAUUUUGAUUGGAAAAGAGUGCAGAGAAAAUGAAGAACUUAAGGCUGCUGUUAAGGCAUUGGAACUUGAUCAGGAAGAGUCUGACACUGGACUGGAGUUGAUACGCAGGGCCUCGGAGAUAGAAAGUGUCUUUGUCCUCAGUGCGUUUGAGGGGGAGGUAUACCACAAGCUUUUAAAGGCUGAAGCAAGGAUCAUCGGGCCCCCAAUUGUAUUUCAAUGUGCCAAAAACAAAUAUCCAAUUCCGUUCCACAGUCGUCCCCUUUAUUGUACAGCCAUGCAGGGCGUCAUCACAUGUUUCACAGGCUUCAACAGACGCGAGGAACUGGCACCUCUUGCAGACCUCCUUCACCACAUGGGUGGCAGUGUACGUAAGGAGAUUACCACCAAGGUCACACACUUGGUGGCCAACAGUACAGAGGGUGAAAAGUACAGGUUUGCUGUCAGUUUUGGAACCCCCAUAAUGAGUUCAGACUGGCUGUAUCGUGUAUGGGAGGAACGGAACAAUCUUGGGAUAAAAGGCACAGAUGCCAAACUUAUGGUUCACAGAGUGCCUCCAUUCUACAAGUGCUGUCUCAGCUUCCUUGGAUUUUCCAAAGAAGAACAAAAACAUAUGGAAGAAUUGACUAUAGAAAAUGGGGGCACAUUUGGGGCAGUUGGAGAUGAUGAGAGUACACACCUGGUGGUGGAUGACCACAGCACCAAGGAGCUGCCACCUAGCACCAUGCUGCCACAUUAUGUUGUCAAGGCAGAGUGGUUUUGGGGAAGUAUACAGAUGGAGGCUUGUGCUGAUGAGAACCUGCUAGAAUAUCAGAAGAUGCCCUCCUCUGCUAACCCGAUAUUCACACCUGGACGAUGCAUGUCAGGGUCCAAGUCACGGAAGAGGAAACGGUUAAAGGAAAACAUUGCACAGCUGGCUGGUGAGGGCGACUUUGACUCGCCACUCUACAAGCGAAGAUCCAGUGAGAUGGGACGUACCUCCAUGAGUCCGAGUUCAUUCUUAGAUGCCUCCAAUACACCUGAUAAAUCUGAUUAUGUUACAGAAGAUCAGAAAGAGAAAGUCUCCAAUUUAUCAAUGAAGAUCACGCCCAGACAGCAGGUUGUAAUGGAAUUUUUACAGACAGAAAAAAACUACGUUGGAAUCCUGAGCACAAUUCUUACUGUUUUUAAAGCAGAGGUGGAGAAGACCAAUCAGUACAGUGGAGCCCUGCUGGCUCCACAACAUGUCAAAGUCAUUUUUGGCAACAUUCCACCAAUCUAUGAUGUCCACUGUCAAAUUUGGGAGGAACUACAGGGCAUCGUGGAGAACUGGAGUGAAGAUAAAGGAAUAGGCGAUGUCAUCCUUAACCAUGCGGAUGCUCUGAUGAAAGCGUACCCACCAUUUGUCAACUAUUUUGAACAAACGAAAGAAACCAUAGCUAAAUGUGAUAAAACUAACCCUAGAUUUCACGCCUUUCUGAAGGUGUGUCAGUCGAAACCGGAAUGUGGACGACAGACGUUGACCGAGCUGUUAAUCCGGCCUGUCCAGCGACUUCCCAGUAUUGCACUACUACUUAAUGAUAUUAUGAAGCAUACCCCAAAGGACAACAUUGACAACAGUAAGCUUGAAAAGGCCAUCAAUAUCCUCAAAGAAGUUAUGACACACAUCAAUGAGGACAAGAGGAAGACCGAGAAUCAAGUGGUCAUGUUUGAGAUCAUGAAUGACAUAGAUAAUUGUCCUCCCACAUUGCUGUCAUCACAUCGACGGUUUGUCGCUCGUAUAGAUGUGAUUGAGCUGUCGGAUGAUCUUUGUGGUCGAGGAAUGCCCCUUUCACUGUUUCUCUUUACUGACAGUAUGGAGCUAUGUAAGCGCCGGUCGCGGUAUCUCAACAGCUCUAAGUCACCAGCCCUCCUGAAAACUCCGCAGAAGGCAUUCAAACACCUGACACUAAUACCAUUGGCGGCAAUCAAACGUGUUUUAGACUGUGUAGAGAACGAGGAUUGUCGAAAUUCCUUUGGUGUAAUAGUUAAAAGUAAUUCCGAGAUGACAGAAAAAUUAUUCAGCUUCAUGGUAGAUGGAGAAGAAAGCAAGAAAGAAUUUAUGACGCAGCUUACAAAGAGUAUUUCCCAUAUAGUGUGUAUGGCUGAUCACGAAUCUCUAAUGGUGACUGUCGUUGGCCGAGAUCUCCACAUUAAUACAAGUGAAUUGGGCAAGCAUAGCAUAAGUAAAGCAGCAAGACUGGGUAAGCGUGUCAGUCGAGCAUUUUCCUUCAACAAGACCCCGGGUCGGCUGAAGAGAGCUGUGUCCAGUGUAUCACAUGCUUUCAGUCCAUUCGCAGACUCCCGAGAGAGAUACCUAGGUACUCCCCGUGGGAACCUCCAAGGCAAACGGUUGGCUAGCUGUAUGGACCUCACUGAUUCCAUCUCACCAACACUGGGUAGCUUUGCCAGCUCUACUACGUUAUAUGAUGAAAGUGACACUAUCAGUUUGGGAGCAUAUUCCCUUAAAGAACUGCCCUGA